ACGUUCUGCACCUUCACUGCUCGAUCAGUAAAUGGUGACAUUCAUCGCAUUUCGAAGCUGAAACAAACUGCGUCAGUCAGUUUCCUCUUUCACGAUGUUGACCUUUGGCCGAGAGAGAGAGAGAGUUUUCUUUAAUUCUGACGUUAUGUUACAUAUGAUGGGUCACUUCAAUGGCCGAAUGUACUAAAAGAACAACAAUUCGUUAUAUGUAUAAUGCAGUGCGAAAGUGUAGGUGGAGUUGCGCAUUGCUAAUGAAGCAAGUUUAAUAUGACGAAUUUUGAACGGAGUUUGGUUUACAUGUCCUCACGUGACACUGGCUGUAGAUAGAAACAGGACCUUAAGAAAAAUCUAAAGAGUCAAGUGAGAAGUCUUUACUGUAACACAGUGUGUGGUAAUGCAAAUGUUAUGUGAUUAUAAAAGAACAAGGCUCAAUAAAUACAAGGUGACCAGUUAAAGAAAAAUGACUUUUUUGGGAAAUAUAAAACGCAAAUUGAGGAUAAUUAUAAAAUCUAAAGAAAUUCAGUAUAAAUUAUCCAUAAGGCUAACAUAGCCAUUAACUGACAGGUGCAGGGGGUUCAGAGUCUGUCAGUACCAAACAAUCAAACAGUUCAUGUUAGUGUUGGUAAAUAUUUGGUGAUCAGUUUGUUUUUUAAAAGAGGUUCAUUUGUAUCAGUCGGUGGACACUUAAUUUCUCUGUUCCCUAACACGGUGGUAGAGUUGCUUCUUAUUGGGAGAACACCGAUCAUUAGUUUGUGAAGAGAUGUCCUCCCAAGUCAGACUGAUGCUGCUGCCAAGCGCCAGAUGUUUGUUCGAUGAGCCUGUCCAGGUGAAGGUGGCCGGGCUGAGGUCCAGACAGGUGGUCACCAUGAGAGCCAGAUCAACAGACGACAAGGGGGUGGUGUUCAGCUCCUCGGCCACCUACAAGGCUGAUGGGAGCGGGGAGAUCCACCUGGACAGAGACCCCUCACUCGGCGGGAGCUACGUCGGGGUUGAACCCAUGGGUUUGCUGUGGUCGAUGAGGCCAGACACCUUGCACAAAAUGUUUCAAAAACUCAGUUCCCUAAAUCCUCAUGUGGUGAAUUUCUCUGUUCAUGAGGAGGAUGGGGAGGGCAGGAUGCUGGCAGAGGUGACCAAUGAGAGGUUUCUGAUUGGAGACGGGGUGAGUCGGCAUCCCAUCCAAAAGGGGAAUAUUCGUGGAGUCCUGUUUACACCCCCAGGACAAGGUCCAUUCCCUGCUGUGUUGGACUUGUACACCUUUGAAUAUGAGAAAAGAGCCAGUUUGCUGGCCAACAAGGGGUUUGUAGUUCUCACAGUUCCUUUAUACAAUGACAAGUUCCACAGUAUCAAAGAGAUGCAUCUGGAUAUUUUUGAAGAAGCAGCCGAUUUCUUAAAACGACAUCCGAAGGUGGGCAGUAAAGGAAUUGGUGUCGUAUCAAGAUCAAAGGGAGGAGAUAUUGCACUUUCACUUGCUGCUUUUGUGCCUGGUGUUGAGGCUGUUGUGUGGCUCAACGGCUGCAAUGCCAAUGUGGGCAUUCCUCUAUACUACAAAAAACAUAAAAUCCUCUCACCUUUAAUGUAUGACAUCGGAAAGGUGAUUCCCACUGAAUCGGGAGCAAGCAUGAUCAAGUAUGGUCUCAUUGAUCCAAUGUCAGAGGGGAACAAAGACAGUCUGGUCCCCAUUGAACAAGCCACGGGACGUUUCCUCUUUGUGGCUUCAGAAGACGACCUCAACUGGGACAGCAAAGCUCACAUGGACAUGAUGGUGGAGAGACUGAAGCGUCACGGGAAGGACAACUUCGAGACUGCGUCUUACCCAGGAGCAGGACACAUCCUGGAACCACCUUAUGGACCCUUCUGCCCCUCCGGCUUUCAUGUGGUUGUGAGGAAUCCAGUCCUGUGGGGGGGUGAGCCCAGAUCCCACGCAGCAGCUGAAGUCCACAUGUGGAAGAAGAUCCAGGAGUUUCUCAGAACUCACCUGCGCUGUGAUGCCAUACAGACUAAAAUGAAAUUAUAGAUACAAAUAUCAUGAUCGUGAACAUCUUGGCUUCACUAUGAAUAUGAAUGUUUUGUAAUGAAGCGACAGAUGAAACGUUUAAUUGAUGGUUGACGGUUUGGGCUACAUUAUUUUUGUAUGAAUAAUGUAGCCCAAAGUGCUAUACACGAUAAACAGAAAAUAAAAGGUGGGAUAUUAAAAAGAUUUAAACAUAAAUAUAGGCUAACAAAAUACUAAGGAAAUGGGAGAAAUCGAAGUAUGUAAUAAAUAGCUGGGUAUUAAAAGUAAAGCAGUCCAGAAAAUGAAAAUAUAAUAAAAGAACAUACCAAAUAGUAAAACAGUUAAAACUGUAUGAAUAAAUAGAUAUUCGUUUAGAAAUUUAUAUAAUUCAGUUAAAAUCUAAGUAAUUCUCUGCUGGCCUCAGGUUUUUCUGGAAGGAUGUUCCAGAGACGUGGGCCACAGGAAGACAAGAUGGAUAGUGAAGCAGACAGAUAGAUAGUGCAUAGUAACGGGUUUUGUGCUCAUUAACUAGUCUUAGUCAGCACACAUAAGAUAAGAUAAAGAUAAGAUGAACUUUAUUGAUUCCACAGUGGGGAAAUUCACAGAAUAGAGUGCAAAAAGUGUACAAAACAGUUUCAAAAAUAUAAAGAGUUAUGAAUUAACAGUUUUCAAGCAACUGCAGUUGAUACAUAUUCUUCAUAUGACCGGAAAGGAGAACGUAGUCAUAGUCAAGCCUGCAGAUACUGACAAACACAAACUGGAAAAAGUAAAAACCUUCAUAUAAAAUUGACAGUUUAACAGGAACAGGAACACAGUGCAACCAACAUACAGUGUCUGUCCUCAGCCUGGCAUUGGAUGGUCACGAGUCCACACGUCAACAUAUUCCUGGCAGCAUUUAUCCGUUCAUUAUUGUAAUAUUGUUUCAUUUCAUUACUGUAUUAUUGUAAUAAUAAUGAAUAUUUAGACUGUGUUUAAGUAUUGUUAGUUUGUGCCAAUUGUUAUUUUGCAAAAUCCAGAUGACAUGAUCACCUCGUGCAGUUAAUGGAGUUAAUGUAUCAUCACUGUUUAAACAUUCAAGCAUGUUUUUCAUCUUUUUUCUUUUAGUUUGCCAGUUUAAUGAACGAAAGAAAAGAAUAAUGAAUUCCUAGAAUCCUGCCUCUGCCUUUUUGAAUAGGAUCAGUGCAAUCUGGUUGUAAUGAAGUCUUUCAGUGCAAAGACUCUCGGUUGCUCUGAAUGUCACAAAGAGUAAAGCACUCGCCUGACUUCUUGAGGAACAGACCUGACUUUGCCACAGGUGAUGGUGACUGAGUUAUCAACUGAGACUGUAUUCCUUCUUUUCCAUAUCGACACUGACUUCAAAUGAUCAGAUGCUGCCAAUAAUCUUUGUCUCUUUAAGCUUCCACGUUUGUAGAAGUACUACUUUUUUGUGCCGCAGACCUAACAAAUAAAAAAAAUGUACGUGGUUGGCA